GCCACGAUCCGUAAGGGUGUCUAAAGUCGAAUCUGAAAGUGUAUCUGACAUGUAUUUCAUUUAUUUUUCUUUCUUGUAAAUUUUUUUAAGUUAUUUUAUUUAUCAAUAUGUGUAAAUAAUAGCGUAUAAUGUAAAAAGCAAUGCGAUAAUUUAUAUUCGAUCAAUUCGGUAUUGUUUUAAUGUGAUUUAGUGGUGAAAAAAAUAUUGUGGUGUAAUGGAAGGAAGAAAAAAGAUAGUAGAAGGAAAAAGAAAAGGAGAAAGUGCAUUUCGUUUUGGGCCUGCUAGUGGACUCAUCAUCAAUAAGGCUAUCUAGCAGGCCCGUGUCUUAAACUUUGGGAUGUAGAAGCCAGAUUAAGGGAUAUAUUUAUAAAGAAAAAUAGUUAGGCAUGUGUGCGAGAAUUGUGUUUCAGUGUAAAUCCCUCUGGUGGCGAGUGUAGAAGGGCCGUCACAGUACAUCCUUAAUCAUAAUUAACGAUAUUUCAAUUAUCGGGUUUAAUUCUUUUCUUAAAAAUGUUAAUACAAUAUAAAAUUAACAGUAAAAUGUAAAACAAAAAAAAAAUCAGUGUUUUAUUAUUUUUUUGAAAUAUGAUGAAUGUGUAACUAACUUAAAUUAAUUUGCGGCAAGCGUGUUUGUAUUGAAGUAGUUGUGUAGUCUAUUGUAGGCUGGUUAGAAAUGCGACUGUGCAUGUGUUAUAAAAUAUUUAAACAAUUGGUAUAGUGGUCCAUUGCUGUGAUGAGUGUAGAAUUUAGUGCAGUUGUACGAUCAAUAAUUGAAAAAAUAAACGAAAUUUAUAAAAAAAUUAAAUCAAAAGAAAAUAUAUGAAAUAUAUAUAUGAAAUAUCUUCUUAAAAGAAAUAACAUUUAGAAUUUACUGUUAGAAUAAAUUCUAACAGUUACAGUCGCAAAAAUUAAAACAAAAAAAUAAUCUGUCCAGAAUAAUAACAAAUAUCUAAUAUCCAAUAAUAAAUAUAUAUGUAGUUAAAAAGAGAAUUAAUUUCGCGGUUUAAUAACUUAAAAUAUUUGAGUGGAGGGGGGUACUGUGGCAGUUUCCAUAUAGAAAUUACUAGCUAGUAACUUCCGCUAGAUAGCGCUGAUGUGAGAAACUGUACGCUAACGAGUUUGCCAAUCUUAGAAAAGAGAUAUAUCCUGUGUGCUAGAGGAGACGCUCAGAUUUUAGAGAGUCCUAGAAAAGAGUAGUCACGUUUGAAAUCGGGUGUUGCAAUAUCAUUGUUAUAAUUAUUAACAUUAUUUUUAAUAAAUUUUUAUUAUCUUUUUUUUGUCAUGUGAUAGUGUAUAUAUAUUAUUAACCUCUGCUUAUGGGCGGCUAAUCAUAUUAUUUUGAGAGUACAAAGACACUAGAAAAGAGCGCUAUUUACGAACACGCGCAAGCCGCCAUAAUACCAUGUUCCGCUGCAUUCCAAUUUUUAAAGGAUGUAACAGGCAGGUGGAAUACAUUGACAAGCGUCAUUGCUCUCUGCCGUGCGUCCCCGAUGAUAUUUUACGAUACUCGAGAAGUUUGGAGGAGCUCCUACUAGACGCGAAUCAUAUUCGUGAUCUACCGAAGAAUUUUUUUCGGCUACAGAAGUUACGAAAACUCGGUUUGAGUGACAAUGAAAUUCACCGUUUGCCUCCAGAUAUUCAGAAUUUCGAAAAUCUCGUGGAACUGGAUGUAUCCAGGAAUGAUAUACCAGACAUUCCUGAGAACAUCAAGAAUUUACGGGCACUUCAGGUGGCGGAUUUUAGUAGUAAUCCUAUUCCAAGGCUUCCAGCAGGGUUUGUGCAAUUAAGAAAUUUAACUGUUUUGGGACUUAAUGAUAUGUCUCUUACGAAUCUACCGCCUGAUUUCGGAAGCUUAGAGGCGUUACAAUCAUUGGAGUUAAGGGAAAAUUUGCUCAAGUCCUUGCCAGAAUCGUUAUCCCAACUUUAUAAAUUGGAGCGGCUAGAUCUUGGUGACAAUGACAUUGAAGUUUUACCAGCACAUAUAGGAGAAUUACCAGCAUUACAAGAAUUAUGGCUGGAUCAUAAUCAGUUACAACAUUUACCACCAGAAAUAGGGGAAUUGAAAACAUUAGUGUGCCUGGAUGUAUCUGAAAAUCGCUUGGAAGAUCUUCCAGAAGAAAUAGGAGGUUUAGAGUCUUUGACGGAUCUUCAUUUAUCGCAAAAUGUUAUUGAAAAAUUACCCGAUGGACUUGGAGAAUUAAAGAAACUUACUAUUCUCAAGGUCGAUCAAAAUAGGCUUUCUACUCUAAAUCCAAAUAUAGGCAGGUGUGAAAAUUUACAAGAAUUAAUUCUUACGGAAAAUUUUCUCUUAGAACUGCCUGUAUCUAUAGGAAAACUUCUUAAUCUAAAUAAUUUAAAUGUAGAUAGGAAUAGUUUGCAAUCACUUCCUACGGAAACGGGAAAUUUAAAACAAUUGGGUGUACUGUCCUUAAGAGAUAAUAAACUACAAUAUCUUCCAAUCGAAGUUGGACAAUGUACUGCUCUCCAUGUAUUGGAUGUGUCUGGCAAUAGAUUACAAUACUUGCCAUAUUCCUUAAUCAAUUUGAAUUUGAAGGCAGUAUGGUUAAGUAAAAAUCAAGCACAACCAAUGCUUACUUUUCAAACAGAUGUUGAUGAAGAAACUGGACAGGAAGUAUUAACCUGUUUCCUUCUACCACAAUUAGAAAUUCAUCCAGAUGAUUCAGGAAGACUUGGUAUGCUUGCUGGAAUGAGAAAUGCUGUUCAAGAUGGUGAAAUACGUGAACUUGGUAGUAGUGAUGAUGAAGGAUGGCAAGAAAAAGAAGCAUCAAGAACGCAUUCUGUCAAGUUUACAGAUGAACCUCCAGAAACUGAUAAGGAGACACCUUUUGUACGACAAAAUACACCUCAUCCCAAAGAAUUGAAAGCAAAAGCUCAUAAAUUAUUUAGUAAAGGAAAAAAUGACAGUCGUUCAGCAUCUACAGAUGAGCAAGAUGUUUCUCAAACAUUUGGUUUGGACAAAACUGAAACUGAUGUUUCAACAAAACCUAACGAUUUGACAGUUGAUUUGAUAGGACAAGAAUCAUUAAAACAUGAAUCUGUAGAAAAUGAACAAAAAGAAAUUGUACCUGGAGUAGUAACUGAUGAUACAGAUGUCCAACCUAGUAAUGAAAUAGUUUCUAAUCAAUAUAUAAUAGAAUCUAAUACUGACGUAAGAAUUGAAAGUUCAAUAUCUGAAUCAAAGGAUAAAAAUGAUAAAGAGGAUGAUGAAUCUGAAAAUGAAGAAACACAAAGACAUGUAGAAUUUUCUAUAGCUGAAGGUACAGAUUAUGAUGGUAGUGGUGAUUCAAAUAGACCAAAUAGACUUCAUCGUAGAGAUACUCCACAUCAUUUGAAAAAUAAGCGAAUUCAUACAGCAGUGGAUAAAGAAAAAGUAGCAUCCAUUAUUGCACAAGCACUCAUGAAAAAAAAUGAUGAAAUUUCCACAUCCACGUCAGCACCUGCAGAAACUACAGAAAAUUUUGACACUCAAAGUCAAGAUGCUGAGCCGACAAUAGAAGUACGAGAAGAACAAUACGAAAUUCACAUCGAAAGAACGACAGGUGGUCUCGGCUUAUCAAUAGCUGGUGGUAUUGGUUCAACUCCUUUUAAAGGCGAUGAUGAAGGCAUUUUUAUUUCCAGAGUUACUGAAGGUGGACCUGCAGAUUUAGCAGGUUUAAAAGUGGAAGAUAAAGUAUUAUCUGUUAAUGGUGUAUCAGUAGUAAAUGUAGGUCAUUAUGAUGCUGUAGAAGUUUUGAAAGCUUGUGGACGAGUUCUUGUAUUAGUAGUUCAAAGAGAAGUUACAAGGAUAGUGCCUCCAUAUGAACAGGUAUCAUCGAGAAAGAACUCAGUGUGCUCUAGUUUAAGUACUAGUAGAGCUCCAAGUGCAACAUCUCAUGUUUCAUCUAUAGGUUUUUCACAUAAUUUAGAAAAUGGUGAUGCUUUAUCUCAUGAUGCUAUUAAGUGUAAGAAAAUUCCUGAACCUAUAUCUUCAACAAAGGUAGGCAAUGAACCAAUGGUAUCAGUUCUUGUUCACACAACAUUAAUACGGGACCAAAAUGGGCUUGGAUUUAGUAUUGCUGGUGGAGAAGGUUCUCCACCAUUCAAAGACAAUAGUGAUGCAAUAUAUAUUUCAAGAAUAACAGAUGGCGGCGUAGCACAAAAAGAUGGUAAAUUAUUAGUUGGAGACAAAGUAAUAUCUAUUAAUGGAGUUGAGAUGAGAGGAGCUAAGCAUGAGCAAGCAGUUGCUUUAUUAACAGGUUUAGAAAGAUUUGUUCGAUUAGUAGUCGAACGCGAAAUACCAUUUUCGCAAGCAAAUGCAGCCACGGUCGUAACACCUUCAGAAAAAUCACCACGAGUAAUCGGUGCACCUAAACCAUAUACAGGAUUAUAUAAUGCCAAUAGUUACAUAGCAAAUAAACCGGGAUAUACCGGAUACAGACGUUCUAUAGAUGCUGAUAGAACAUUAUCUCCAAGCCCUACUUCGAAAACGCCUCCACCUAUGAAAAUUGAAACUACUGAGUUACCGAAAAUGAAUGGUGUUACAGAAUCAGGAAAUAUUAAAAACGUUUCUUCGAUAUCACCAAGUCCAACAAAUAGCCAACUACAUCCACAACCUGCCCCUAGGCACAGCAUUUCGCAACCAAUAAUUACACCUACAACUACUACGAGUUCAACGCCCACAUCUUCUACAGAACCUAGGUCAACCUCACCCCAGGAAGAUAUACAGGUACCCAAGCCUAUCACCAACGAAGAAUUUCAGGCUAUGAUUCCUGCUCAUUUCCUUCGCCCUCCUACUUCCUCACCAUCGCCAGAUUCCCAUCAAGGCCCUAUUGUGACAGUGACAAUAAAACAGCCUGAUAAUCUACCUGGAGAUGUUAAUUUUCCUCCGGCUCCUACAACACUUGGUAAAGUUACUGAGACCAUCACAAAGAGCACUCUCACCGAGACCGUCGUAACUAGGGUGACUGAAAAUCAAUUGGUACCACCAGUAAUCAUUGAGGACGUGAUUCUUGUAAAAGAAGGAUCUCUAGGAUUUAGUAUUAUUGGUGGUACAGAUCAUUCAUGCACUCCAUUUGGUGCAAAGGAGCCUGGAAUUUUUAUAUCUCAUGUCGUGCCUGGUGGUAUAGCUGCAAAAUCUGGUAAAUUAAGAAUGGGUGAUAGAAUACUAAAGGUAAAUGGUACUGAUGUAACAAAAGCUACUCAUCAAGAGGCUGUGAUGGAACUUUUGCGACCAGGAGAUCAAAUAGUGCUUACAGUUCAACACGAUCCACUACCCGAAAAUUAUCAGGAAUUAGUUAUUACAAAAGAACCAGGUGAAAAACUGGGCAUGCACAUUAAAGGUGGACUUCGAGGACAAAAAGGUAAUCCACUUGAUCAUACAGAUGAAGGAGUUUUUAUAUCCAAAAUCAACUCAGGUGGUGCGGCUAAAAGAGAUGGAAGACUGAAAGUUGGAAUGAGACUAUUAGAAGUUAAUGGUACAUCAUUAUUAGGCGCAACUCAUCAAGAAGCAGUAAAUAUAUUGCGGUGUUCAGGAAAUACAAUUACAUUGGUGGUUUGUAAAGGAUAUGAUAAGAGUGAAAUUGAACCAGUAUUACCAAUAUCAGAUGGAAGAGAUUCUAAGGAAUCUAGAACAUCCAAAGAAUUAAAAGAUGCUACAACAGAAGGUACUAAAUCGUUAUCACAAAGUAUAUCCAGUCUGGAUCGCGAUGAUGAAGAAGCAGCAACUCUUAGACAAGAACAAGAAAUGAAAGCUGAACUUGUAGCAUGGGAACAAGAAGAAAGAGAACGUGCUUUGCUUGAGCAAAGAGAAAAAUCUACUCCUGAAAAAGUAUUAGAUGUAGUAAGAGCAGCUGAAUCAUUAGUAAGCAAAUCAAAUAGUCCGGUUGAUAUGGUCGUACCGCCAAAGUCACCAGGUGGUACGAAAGAUCUCAAAACAACCACUAUUGUGAUGAGCAAACAUACUCUAGCACCUCAAAAUACAAAUUCACUGAGGAAAGAGAGAACUGGAACAUCAGUGGACAAUCCAUCGCCCAAGUCUCCGGUCUCUACUUUAACUCCAUCGAUGAAUUUCGAUCACACUACUGCUGUCCAAAGCUUGCCCUCUCCAAAGAAAAAAAGUUCCAUACCAAAACGUAGUAUUACAUUUGCUGAUCUUCCUCCCAUUUCUAAAGAACAACCAAUUAAUUAUUCCAUUUCGGCGAAAGAAGAUCCAUCACCUUUGCAUGAUAGUAAAUUUACUUUCGAUCCUCAAACUAUUUCUUAUAAGAAAAUCUAUCAAAAUCCUACCCAAGCUACUCAUUCUCGUUUCAAACUUCCUCCUACACCUUUAACUGCUCCUAAAUCUAUAGAAGAUUAUGGUACUUCAGUUUCUUUUGGUAAACGACAGAACGCACGCUCUGUUGAUGGGAAUAGUCAGGUUGAGCUUUCUCCAACAACAUCACCAACACCACCUCUAGUAAAGAUGUCAGUUAGUGAUAAAAAAAAAUUAUUUGAAAGUGCCAUGGAGGAACAUUUAAAACCUUCCCCUAAACCAGAAAAAGUAUUCAGUUUUCUAAGUCAGGAUGAAGUUGAGAAAAUGAAACAGGAAGAAGAAAAGAAGAUUGCUACUCUAACGCGAGAUGAAUUAAAAUCGUGGGCACAACUUGAUGAAAAUGAAGGUUUGGAAGAUUUAGAAGAAACAUUAGAAGAUCAGGAUAAUCGGCGACCUAAUAGCCGACUGAGUUCGCGAACUUCGAUCCCUCUUCUGCAAAAUCUUCCAAGCAGUGUAAGGACAGCAAAAGCAGAACGCCGCUUGAAAGAAAGACUAAUACAGGAGGGUAUAAUUUCGGAUGAAGAUGAAGAAAGUCAUUUAAGUCCUGCCGAACAGAGAGCAUUAAGAGCAGAAAAACGUGCGGCAUGGAGACAAGCACGUUUGAAAUCUCUGGAACAAGAUGCUCUUCAAGCACAGAUAGUAAUUAAAAAAAUGAGUGAAAUGAUGGAUACGAAUAAAACGAGUUCAAUGCAAGAUUCUACAGAUAUUCCUAUUACUCCUCUUUCUGAAUCGGAAAAGACAACUGAUUUCACUACGUUACGGCCGUCUAGUGCAGAUUUUCCCAAACUUGCUGUACGUAGCAAAGUGGGUCCCCCUAAAGAGAUACGCGAAUCUGAGAAAGUAGUGGACGAGAAGGUCACUCGACGUACUGAGGAAUACGUGGAUGAGGUGACGGGUGAACGACGUGUGCGAACAGUCGAAUACGUCGAGAAACUCAUUGAACGACAGGUUGAAACUCUACGAGAAAAGAUUAUAUCAUUGGAAUUAAGUAAUGCAGAAGAUGAAAUAGAAAGUAUUACCGGUACAGGAGCAAGUGAUGCUGAAAGCGAAAGCGAAGAAAUUACUAUACAGCCUCCUACUAUAACUACUUUACAAGAAAGAAAUGAAACAAUUAUAUCUACAAAUGCCACUGAAGGUGCCGCACCUAAAAUAAGUGCAAAUACUAUUCUUGUUUCAAAAAAAAAGAAACGGAAACGUUCGAAGAAAGGUCGUCAUUGACCUAAAAUAAAAAUUUUGGUGCAAGAAAAAAGACAUAUUUAAAAAAAUUUGUGAAAUUUUUUUUUUGUUUCAUAAUUGUGAAAGUGUGUUCUAAUAUUAUUCUACAUUAUUCUACAUAUUUUUACAUUUCAGAAUUCGAAUUUUUAUUAUAGCGGUGCAUAUAAUGUAAACAAGUUCUUCAUUGUGCUCUGCAUUUUUGAAGCAUACAUAUAUAUAAUUUUAUAUUCAUUUAAUUGAUAAUUGAUUAGAUUAUUAAAAUUGCGUUUAUUAUUAUUUUUUUUUAUACAUCGUGCUAUAUUUCUGAUAUUAACAUACUGAUU